AUGGCUCUUACUCGAGCAGCAAUCAUUGUGAUUGUCCUGGUCGGCUGCCUCGCUAUCACAGCUCUCGGUGCCGCUCUCUUCCGCCACUACAACCCACUGGGUGACGAUCCUCGGAAUUACGAUGCCACAUACGAACAAAGUACAUACAUGCGUGGGGUACGCUUGAGAAACUACGGUCAUCUGAAACGAGAAUCACUGGGUGCUGCAAGAGAUCUGGAAUCACGAUAUCAAAUGGAAGAAACUGCGAGCAACCAUUACCCAUACGCUCAAGAACCUGUGACCCCCUCUACAAAUCAUUGA